CCUCUUCUGCAGGGAUUUAUGCAUGACUUCAGUACUGACUUAGCAUUUGUUCAGUCGUAUUGUUACUGAGAGGCUGGUUGAUAUUUAUUCUUUAAGAAUCAUUUCAGGAUCAACUAAAGAAAUGAAAGCUGUGGCAUUUAAACAUGCACUCUUUUUGUAGGGUGAUGUGGCUGAUACUGGCUUCUACCAUCUGCUUUCCUUUUGCAGCCUGUUUCUCCAACCUGCAUAGCAGAAACCAGCCUUUCUUUCCUUCUGGAUUGUUAGAGCCACUCACAUUUCUCCUGCAUAGCAAUGAAUUCUAGUCCGUUUUAAGGAAUCUUUUGUGCUUCUGUGUAUACUCCUACAACAGACAAAGUGUAUGAGAAAGGAGCUUCAGCAGUCAGUCAGUUAGUAGUAUAGUAGCAGGCUCACAUGGAUGGAUUAGACUCGUGAGUGGACUGCAGAAUGCUUUUACCUGCUGCUGAGCCUGACUGUGACUGUAUCGCUGUAGGACAAUAACCAUGGGGGCUCGAGCUACGGACACAACACGGGAACUGGAAAGCACCUCUAUAAAGUAUCAAAUAGGAGGACAUGCAGAAAAAAUGUGGCAACGGCUCAAAGGAAUACUGAGAUGCUUGGUAAAGCAGCUGGAGAAGGGUGACAUUAAUGUGGCGGACUUAAAAAAGAACAUUGAAUAUGCAGCAUCUGUGCUGGAGGCAGUUUAUAUUGAUGAAACCAGAAGGCUUUUGGACACUGAGGAUGAACUCUCUGACAUCCAGUCGGAUUCAGUCCCACUGGAAGUGCGGGACUGGUUAGCGUCUACAUUCACAAGGAAAAUGGGAAUGGUGAAGAGGAGACCUGAAGAAAAGCCCAAAUUCCGAAGCAUUGUACAUGCUGUACAGGCUGGAAUUUUUGUAGAAAGGAUGUACCGAAGAACUUCUAACAUGGUUGGUUUGGCUUACCCAGCAGAAGUGAUAGUAACAUUUAAGGAUGUUGAUAAAUGGUCUUUUGAUGUAUUUGCCCUAAAUGAAGCGAGUGGAGAGCACAGUCUGAAAUUUAUGAUGUAUGAGCUGUUUACCCGAUACGACCUUUUGAGCCGUUUCAAGAUCCCUGUUCCCAAUCUUAUUUCAUUUGCCGAAGCUCUUGAGGUUGGUUACAGCAAAUACAAAAAUCCAUAUCACAAUUUGAUCCAUGCAGCUGAUGUUACUCAAACUGUGCAUUACAUCCUGAUUCACACUGGUAUCAUGCACUGGCUCACAGAACUGGAAAUUCUGGCAAUGAUCUUUGCAGCUGCCGUCCAUGAUUAUGAACAUACUGGGACCACAAAUAAUUUUCAUAUUCAGACAAGGUCAGAUGUUGCAAUAUUGUACAACGAUCGUUCUGUUCUUGAAAAUCAUCAUGUGAGUGCUGCUUAUAGGCUCAUGCAAGAGGAAGAGAUGAACAUCCUGGCAAAUUUAAACAAAGAUGACUGGAGGGAGUUGCGUAGCUUGGUCAUUGAGAUGGUUUUGUCUACAGAUAUGUCGGGUCAUUUUCAGCAAAUUAAAACGAUGCGACAUACUCUACAGCAGACAGAGGGGAUAGACAAAGCCAAAGCCAUGUCUUUGAUUCUACAUGCAGCAGAUAUAAGUCAUCCAGCAAAAUCCUGGAAACUGCACUACCGGUGGACCAUGGCCCUGAUGGAAGAAUUUUUUCGACAGGGAGACAAAGAGGCUGCUUUAGGACUUCCGUUUUCCCCACUCUGUGACCGCAAGUCUACUUUGGUUGCUCAGUCCCAAAUAGGUUUCAUUGAUUUCAUAGUAGAACCGACAUUUUCUCUUCUUACGGAUUCAAUGGAGAAAAUUGUUAUUCCUCUUAUAGGGGAAGCUUCAAAAUCUGAAAGUCCUGCAUUUGGGACACCCAGCCAGAAUAGUUUGGGAACAGUAAGCAAUGCUGAAGCACGACGGCCACCUGGUUUUAAAAGUACAAGUGAUGGAGGGACUUACACAGAAAAUUCUCUAGCAACCGUAGACCUAACAAGUUUUAAGGACAACUUGAUGCAGAUCAUUCAAGCAAACAAAGAAAGAUGGAAGGAAUUAGCAAUACAAGAAGAACUUGUGAAAAAAGAUGAUGAACAGCAAAUAGACCAAAGCAGAAAAUCCACAGAUGCGCAAUUACAGGAAGACACAACAAGGACACAAAAUGAGAAUAGUCAGGGAAGUGAUGGUACCGCUUGCCCUCCCAGAUCCAUCGUCCUACGAGUAAUCUCUUUUGACACUCCUCUUCAUGAAUCCAACUCAGAAAAAUGCACUAACUCUGAUCUGAACCAGAAGGAUCUCACUGAGACCCAGCAAGAAAUACAGAAUACAGACCCACCGAACGGUAAUAUUUCAUCACAAAGCACCAGUCAGUCUAAUGAAGCUACCCGAGGAGAAGCUGCAGGAGCAUCCAAUACCUCUCUGUCAAACAUCAACAGUGGUGAGCCUAAGCACUGUAAGAAACCAGAAGAUAUAGUAAAAGCCACUGAGCAAAAACCCGCACUGAUACGCAACUAGAUUUGCUGUUUCUUAAAAGCUUCUGACAUUUCAGGCGGGAGAGGAAAAAAAGAGCAGUAACAGUUCCUACCCCUGUUCUCUCUGAGACUGUUAUCCAUCAAUUUAUUCUUGGAUCAUACCGUUCUAUGGAGAGUGAUUGGACAAAACUAUUGAAAUUGUAAAACAUAAAAACCUGAGAUGGUAAUUCAAGGCACUAGACAACUCUCAAAAUUUCAGUUGUAGUUGUUGCUAUUUCUGCUUCUAUUCUGCUUUCUGAAACUAGCCAAAUAUUCUUUUUCAGCCAAAGCUGGACUUCAUUUUAUUGCAUCACUGAAACCAGACAUUUUCAACUAAGCAUGAGAUAUAUAGAAAUGUGUGGCAUUUUUCUGCACUGGUUUGCUAUUACGUGGCACUGCUGCUGGCAGUGGGGAAAUGCAAAGUCCAGAGGAAACACUGUUACAGACACUUGCUCAUGCAGCCAUGCUGCAUACAACGUUGAAGUUCUACUGGGUAGCUUUCUUAAAAUAUCUGGAAAUAAAAAAUAUAUGUAAACUGUACAGGGAAGUGAUCAGCAUAUGUGAAUGAUGACUCUAUCCUGUUGCUCUGGCUGCCAUAAGGAAAGCUCGUCUUCAACAAAAUCAGUAUCUGAAAUCUCUCUUUUAAAUUAAUGAAGUAGUAUUCACUAUUAAGAUGAAAACAUUCUCAGUACUGUCUCCUGUACUAUUUAGUAAGACGUCAGCAAUGGUAUCAGCCCUACCAUGAACCUGGCACAUAGACAGCUAGCUACAUAAAUACGUGAUAAAUUGCUUCGCUUCAGCAAAACGUUAUUGCUUCUCAGACAGAAUUGCAAGGAAACCCUGAGGCCUUAUGCCAUGAUUUUGCUCAAAUGCAAAACUGACAACUUGCAUCCACCAAAAUCCUGUCAAUCAUUUGUUUUGUUAAAAAAAAAAUACAUAUAUAUACACAUAUAUAUAUGUAUAUACACAUCACACACACAAAAAACCCACCAUCCAGAACGUUUUUCUCUGAGAGGCAAGAGAAGAGCGCGCUCAGGCAGCUUCCUCUGUAAGAAAUCUCAGAACGAGCCCUCCAGCCUGAUCUGUGCCCAGAAAGAGACUCCACUUUCAUCUCCGCUUCCUUCAGAGCCGCGCGUGACCUCUCCUGGCUUACCCGCUCAGAGGCGUGCAGCCAGCAGCCAACCUCGGUUCCCCACGCUUGGAGCCUCCUCGGAAACUCCCACCCUGUUCUUUGACUUGGGUCACUGCUUUCCCAGGCCCCCUUUUCAGACUCUGUGUUUAAUACCUCACUGACCAAAAAGUCUUUGCUAUCAGCCAUGGUCCGUUGGGAACAAGACUCACCAGGGGCUGACAUUCCCCUCUAUGCAGAGGCCCGUGUACACUUGAGACCUACGUAUGAUUCAGCUGCUGCUUCAGGGAUCCAACUACAGCUAAGGGUAACACAGGCAUCAGACUCAACCUCAAUAAAGGCGCAUUUUACCUUGGUUGAAUAAGCAACGAUAAAACCAUCACCUUACACUGAGGGACACUUGGGUGUUUGUGCUUAUUGGUGGCCUCUUUCCUAACAGGUGAGCAAUUGAAAUUGAACUGGGAACAUUACAAGCUCUUUGCUCUGGGAUAAGGGCAUGCCAAAACGUGGAAUUCAUGUCAUUCAAUAUGUAAGCCAUAUACACACUAUGCAUAUUUAGUGUGCAUAGUUUUAACUUAAAAAAUGUUUGUGCAUAUAAGAUGUAAAAAGUGCAUUUAAAUUGUUUUGUGCAUCUGGUCCAAGGCUUGUAUUUAGCAUGGACAAAUUUCUGUACAGUGCAGUUAACGAAUGAAAUGUUAACAAAUGAAAUUGUAUCAUAAACGUUAUAACGCAAUUGAUAUUUUUUGCUAAGAGUUAAGAAUUUAUAUAUUCUCUGCUAGCGUUUGAGUGAAUCAUUAGUAGCCUGAAUCACUCCAUGCACCUUUACAUCUUUUUAUGGAAUGUUGGGCUUUUUCUCCCCUUUAUAAUAAAAUAAAAGCCAUUUUUUGGUGUCUUAUUGCCAUUAUGACAAGAGGAAAAAAAACGUUGGUCAUAUCAGAUCUUUUUUAAAAGUUGUAAAUUGCUAAAAGCUGUGGCAGUGGAAAAUUUUCUUGUUUAAAAUCUGAGAACUCUGGUCUUAUGCCUUUCACUUCAAAACAUAGGACCUUAUUUCAGAUUAUGUUGAGUGUCUACAAUUCCCACCAACUUUGGAAAGAACAAAAAUGAUUGAUAUCUUCAAAUAUAGUUUAACAAGCUGUUUUUUGAAGAGCAUUCUUCAGUGUUGCAAUUCAUGACUCAUUGAGAUUGAAAGUCUGGAGCAAUCUGAAUUUGAUGACUUUAUUGUAUUUUCAGUUUCAGAUUUUUACCAUAAUUGGGCUUGACUUCUUUUUCUUCUGUCUCUGUCCCAUAGUGAUUUACAUACCCCACAAAAGUUUUCUCCUGAAAACAUAAGCAGAAUUUACAACACAUUCUGCAGAGCACUCAGUGCAUCCUGUAUGGGACUCAGUAUCCUACUAUUAUAGCAGGCACCCUGAUAUGCCCCUGCAGAAGCUGGAAGGGGCUCAUGAUCACACAGGAGGUGCUCGGUGCCUGCAGAACUGAGUCAUUAGUAUAGAAAUGUGAUUUGCAUAUAAAUAAUCCUACUUGCUCUUUUGUAUUCAGUUUAAUUACUGUGGUAUACAUUAUUGAAUUACCAGAAGGAAGGUCCUUAGUUUUUCUUUAAUAUCAGUUAUAUUUUAUUUCUUUCUUCCUUUAUUCUUAGCAAAUGUUUAUCUGGAUAUGACCCAAAGCUUAGUGUGUUGUUUGUAUGAGAAGAAAUUUACUUUCAUGGAGAAGACAAAUAUAACCAACAUGUGUUACUUAAGGUUUCAACCUUGAGCAAAAUUAGCAUUCAAAUGGCAGAAAGGCUUCUUGUUAGGCCUCUCCCUGAACAAUAGUUUCACUCUGAAACCUGUAAGGCUGCGCUACCAGAACACUGCAUGGAGCCGUAAGAAGUAUUGUUUGUAUAUGCAUCUCUUCUACAGCACUAUGGGCAUGCAUCCCUGCAUUAAGCACACUGAGGAGCUGUAGCUAUAGAUUAGCCCUCAAAGGUUUUAUUUUGUAUUUUUAUCUUGAGGUAUCUGACAUAUAUUAUGUAAUAUUGUUAUGGGUUAUGAUUUAGCCAGUAUUUUUUAUUUAACUUCCAACAAGGCAACCUAUGACUGUGUGUUUCUAUUCUGCUGUACUUGUCCGUAUUUCCUAUGAUGAUAUUCCUAAAUAAAUUUGAUUUGAGGGCAAGGACAGUGAAGCUCAUGAAUGUUAGUUGCAGGUUUGCUUUACUAAAGCAUGUUUGUUCA